AAAAAAUCACCUGGGCACAGUGGGCGGCGCAUUUGGAGAGGGCAGCGAGGAGAGGGUGGCACUAUUAAGCUGAAGCCGAGUCAGUUCUUGUUAUCUUUUAAGCUGGCAGCGGGAGCACAGGUGUGUAGCGCCUGACUCGGAUUGUGCAAGCUCGGUAGAAGCAGUAUAUUCCGUGCGGCAUAUUCAGUGUGCAGAGGGCAGACAGACAGACAGACAGACAGAAGAGUGACCUGUUGCCCCGGUUACUGCCACCUUCGCUGCUGCACCGGGACCCUUAUCCAGAGGAAGAAUGCAUGCUGCUGGUACUCCUAUGCUUGCCUGUGGGAUCGCUGGGAUUGUGUGCGACUGUUGCUACUGCUCUUACUGACACCUGGCUCCUCUCCGGGGAAGCUGUGCGAGUCUGUUGGUGCGGAACACACGGUUUGGCGCAACAAGGGAAGGAAGUAUAUCUAAUUGUUGAUCUCUUCAAAUAUCUGCACCGAAAGAAAGAGAAAUCAUGGCAGACAGUGCCACAGAGAAAAGUGGUAACUGGUGGAAAUCCCUUACUGUUCGUAAAAAGCCCAAGGAGGUCUCUGUGUAUAAUACGCCAGUUUCAGUUGAAACAACAGAAGACAAAACCUGGGGAAUUGGAAGUGGAUCUCUGAGUUCGUCUCCAGGCUCCAGAGAAAACCAGCACCCAAACCCUAUGUCUGCUGGGGGCACAGAACACUGUGGUGAUGCCAAGACAGAUAAGAUGUUUAAUGAGAAGACUGGCCGCAGGAACCUAAAAAUCUCCCGCUCAGGGCGCUUUAAGGAGAAGAGGAAGGUGCGUGCCAGUUUACCAGAGAGUCCUAAAUUCUUUCAAGAAAACCCAUCAAAUGCAAAUGAUGAGCGGCAGUGAUAAUCAAAUACGGCCAUUUCUAGGGCCACUGUAUAGAAGGACUGCGGGCCCAUGCAAUGAGCUAACAAUGGACAUUUUUGGGCUGUUUUCCCAGAGCCAGGAAACCUCUUUCUCUCUAAAAGGAAAAAAAUAUGGAUUUCUUAAUGUUAAAACCAUUCAUGAUGCCUUAAAACCACUCAACUUGAGUGCCUUAUUUUGUUUAUUGGUAUUUUUGUCAUGAGACUAAAGAACAAUAAGAAACUUUUUAGAGUGAAGCUCCUUCUAGAAGAUAUUUUGUCUAUGUAACUGGUACAGAAAAAAGUUUUCUAAGAAUAUUUAUCAUUUUUAAAUGAUAAAGAAUAAUGUAAUAUUUUGUGCUGGUAGAUAUUAUAAUAACAUGCUGCUGGCAAAUGAUAAAGAAUAAUUUAAUUGUACCUUGUGAUUAGUUGCACUCCUGGUCUGGUGAUGGCUGAAUGGUUUAAUAGUAACAUAAAGAAUAUAGUAAGUUAAUAGCAAGAUGAAGAAUAUAUAUAUAUAUUUAUAUUUAGUGAGUAUGAGGACUGACUGAGGUCUGUAUUUGCUGAUUGGUGCUUGCAUGGAGUCCUUUCCACUGAAGUGAAUAGCAUUAACAUGUCAUCGGUUGUUAAGUUGUGGUCGACAGAAGGACCAGAUUUGUGAGGGUUAAUAUUACCUUAACACAGAUUUAAUUCUUCCCAUGGGAAACAAAUAGAAGUGUCAAUUUGCAUAUUGUUAAUAUUUCAUGAUUGAGUAAAAUAUUUAUUUUGUGAAAAAUGCCUUGUUAUGCCAUUGAGGUUAUUUUUACACAUGUUAAUAAAAAUAAAUCUCUGGAAUAAUUA